AUGUUGUACGCCAAGGACAGCAUUCCUCACUCCAAGGGCAGCGUAUAUUGUACCACUGAGGGUAGUAUGUCCGAGCCAGUCAUUCAAACUGAGGAUCGGCAGAGCGACAACGGCCUUUGGCGGCCUUCUGAACCACUAGGAUCCCAAGUACAGCCAUCGUUCACGGAGGCUCAACAGAGACGGAAGAUUGCCGAACUGGAGAGUAAACUCGUGGUCUUGAAGUCGGGGCAUGUGGUAAAAGAGAGUAUUGAGGAUCUUGUCAAUGAAAACGAUAGGAGAUAUGAUGACGACAGCGACGAGGAUGCUACUAUCGAUCAAGAUCAUUUGCAGAUAGGGUACUGUAUCCUAACGAGGACCUUGCCGUGGUUUCUGAAGAACUCUUCGGACAUAGACCAUGAUGAUUACAUGCGCAUGUUAAAGGCGCUCAGGCAGGGGGCUGACGGUGCCCGAGGCAAUGAUACAGCAAAGCUCAAGACUCUUAUUUCAGACUGGGUCAAUCGCAAGCUCAAGCCGAACCCCCCCAUUGAUUCUGAUGAUAAAAAUUACCACAGAUUCACCAGUGACGCGUGCAGGAGGUUACUCUGUCCGGCUGAACUUGACUGGAACAGCCCAGCAGUUAAGGCAGGGAUUCGAGAUCGAUCAGAGGGCUACAUUGUGACCGACCUCUCUUUUCCGGCCUUUGUGUAUGACAAGUACACUGCCAAUGCAGACAAUUUAGAAGAAGGUCUUUUUAAGGGCAAAAUUUUACUGCAGGGCUACAAAGCUAUAUUCACAUCUCCGUCUUCAGCAAAAGAUGUCGAGGGCGACGGUGACGGUGCAGAUGUCAUCGCCAACAACCGACGCGCCAAAAAGUCAUCCUGUGGAAUAAAAGUCAAGAAACACGUCGCGCAAAUCAUCAAGAUGAAUAAAGUCACACCCCGCUCGAUUGCAUAUGUCGCCUGUCAAGUACGAUUUGCACUUUCUUCAGUUACCUCUUGGCGGUCCAUUGACGGUGACUUCGACUAUAUUCAAUUCUGGUGGUCCAUCGUGGACUUCUUCGAGAAGCCCCCUGGUCGAGAAGUGCAAUGCAGAGUCAAUAAACUCCUUGAGUGGUGGACAAGAAAGGUUUUUGGAAGGAGCCGCCGCGAGGAUCUUAGUAACAUGGUGAAGGCCAACAUGUCCGUCAAUGCCCUCGCAAGGCAGAGGGCACAACUCGAUGAUGCUGCUUUCGAUUCAAACUAG